GUAGGACCUCUACGCACCCUCAAAACAUGUCUGCCCUCGGUAGCAGGGAAGCCGGUGUAGGUACUGGUUGUAGGAUGAGCAUUGCUGUUGUGCUGCUGGCAGGGUUCUUAGUAGCCACUGUGAGUGGUGAUUCCAAAGCUGUGACAACAACUCUUACAGCAAAAUGGCCGUCCACCCCUCUGCUUCUGGAAGCCAGUGAAUUCUUGGCAGAGGAAAGCCAGGAGAAGUUCUGGGAUUUUGUAGAGCUCAAUCAGGACAUUGAGAUUGAUAAUGAUGAUACGGAUCUGUCCUACUACCAUCUGAUCCUGAAGAGGGCCGGCCAGCUUCUCAGCCCCAUCCAACUCAACCUGCUGAAGUUCGCCCUGUCGUUGAGGGCCUACUCGGCCACCGUCCACUCCUUCCAGCAGAUCGCCUCCAACGAGCCCCCACCCGCAGGGUGCCGAGCCUUCUUCAGCGUCCACGGGGAAAAAUCCUGCAGCCCGGAGAGCUUGAAAGGCUUGCUGGAGAAUGCCUUCGACAGGCCGAAGCCACCCCUAUUCAAAGGGGACCACAGAUUUCCCACGUCCAACCCGGAUGCUCCGGUCACCAUCCUUUACGCCGAAGUGGGCAGUAAGGAAUUCGCCAAAUUCCACCAGCUGAUGUUGUCAAAGGCCAACAAGGGAGAGAUCACAUACGUCCUGCGUCACUUCCUGGCGAGUCCCAGCGGCAGCAAAGUGUUCCUCUCUGGUUACGGUGUUGAGCUGGCUAUUAAGAACCAGGAGUACAAAGCCAAGGAUGACACUCAGGUCCAAGGCGCAGAUGUGAACGCGACCCUGAUUGGAGAGAAUGACCCUGUCGAUGAGGUCCAGGGAUUUCUCUUUGGGAAACUGAAAACGCUGUACCCGGCGUUGAAGGAACAGUUGAAGGAGCUACGCAAACACCUGGUGGAGAGCACCAAUGAAAUGGCCCCGCUCAAGGUGUGGCAAAUGCAAGACCUGAGCUACCAGACGGCUGCACGCAUCCUGGCCGCCCCCGCUGUGGACGCCCUCACGGUCAUGAGGGACCUGAGUCAGAACUUCCCCACCAAGGCCAGAUCCAUAACAAGAACCGUGGUGAACUCUGAGAUUCGGAAGGAGGUGGAAGAAAACCAGAAAUACUUCAAGGGAACCCUAGGCCUGCAGCCAGGAGACUCUGCCCUGUUCAUCAAUGGCCUGCACAUUGAUCUGGAUGGACAGGACAUCUUCAGCAUUUUUGACGUUCUGAGGAACGAGGCGCGUGUGAUGGAGGGGCUGCAGAGCCUUCACAUUGAGGCGCGCAUGAUCCACGACAUCCUCAAGCUCAACGUGCAGCCGUCCGACUCAGACUACGCCGUGGACAUCCGCAGCCCUGCCAUCAACUGGAUCAACAAUUUGGAGACAGAUGGCCGGUACAGCUCCUGGCCCUCCAACGUGCAGGAGCUUCUCCGACCCACCUUCCCAGGGGUCAUCCGUCAGAUCCGCAAGAACUUCCACAACUUUGUGGUCAUCGUUGACCCCGCCCAUGAGAACACAGCAGAGCUGCUGAGUGUGGCUGAGAUGUUCUUCAGCAACAAUAUUCCACUCAGGAUCGGCGUGGUGUUCGUGGUCUCCGACGCCGACGACGUCGACGGGAUGGACGACGUGGGCGUGGCCUUGCAGCGGGUGUUCAACUACGUCGCUGAUGAUGUGGACAACCAGCACGCUUUCGAUGCCAUCAUAUCGAUGUUUAACAGGGUCCCAAGCGGAGGAAAGCUGAAGGUGGAGCACGUGGUGAGUGUGCUGGAGAAGAGGUACCCUUACGUGGAACUGAGCAGCAUUCUGGGGGCGGACUCGGCCUACGACAAAAACCGAAAGGAAGGGAGGAGUUAUUACGAGCAGACGGGGGUGGGCCCUCUGCCGGUGGUGCUGUACAAUGGCAUGCCAUACCAGAGGGACCAGCUGGACCCAGACGAGCUGGAGACCGUCACCAUGCACAAGAUCCUGGAGACCACCAGCUUCUUUCAGCGUGCUGUGUACCUGGGCGAGCUGAGCAGUGACCAGGACGUGGUGGAUUUCAUCAUGAACCAGGCCAACGUGGUGCCUAGAAUCAACUCCAGGAUCCUGUCUACAAGCAGGAACUAUCUGGACCUCUCCCACACAAACAACCACUUCAUUGACGAAUAUGCUCGCUUCCUCUUCCUGGACACCAAAGAGAAGAACACGGCUGUUGCGAACAGUAUGGACUACAUGACAAAGAAAGACGACGCCUACAUCCGUCCAGUCACCUUCUGGGUCGUGGGAGAUUACGACCAGCCUUCAGGCCGGCAGCUUCUGUAUGACGCCAUCAGGCACAUGAAAACCAGUAACAACGUCCGCCUUGGCCUGAUCAAUAAUCCAACUGAGAGCCUGUCCAACGAGACCAGCCAAAUCGCCCGGGCCAUCUGGUCAGCCUUUCGGACGCAGUCACCCAACAACGCCAAGAACUUCGCCACCAAACUGGCGAAGGAGGAGACGGCCAGCGCGCUCGCCUCGGGGGUUGACGUCACUGAGUUUGCCGUCGGGGGGAUGGACAUCCAGCUGUUCAACAGUGUGUACAAAUCGCCUAAGGUGGACUUCCUGCUGACUCACGCGGCUUAUUGCCGCGACGUCCUGAAGCUCAAGAAAGGCCAGAGAGCUAUCAUCAGCAAUGGGCGGAUAAUUGGCCCUCUGGAGGAAGGGGAGGUCUUCAACCAGGAUGACUUCCUGCUGCUGGAGAGCAUCAUCAUGAAGACGUCCGGAGAGCGGAUCAAGAACAGCGUCCAGCAGCUGGGUGUGGAUGAGGACAGACACAGGGCCAGUGAUCUGGUGAUGAAAGUGGACUCGUUGCUGUCCUCUCAGCCCAAAGGGGAUGCCCGGAUUGAGUACACCUUCUUCGAGGACAGAUACAGUGCUGUCAAACUCAGGCCCUCUGAGGGCGACGUGUACUACGACGUGGUCGCCGUGGUCGACCCUGUGACUCGGGACGCUCAGAAACUCGCCCCCCUCCUGCUGGUCCUGAGAAAGCUUGUGAACGUCAAUCUUCGAGUCUUCAUGAACUGCCAGUCCAAGCUGUCUGACCUGCCGCUGAAAAGUUUCUACCGGUAUGUCCUGGAGCCGGAGGUGUCCUUCAUGGUGGAUAACAGCUUCGCCCCGGGACCUGUGGCCACGUUUCUGGACAUGCCUCACUCCCCGCUCUUCACCCUCAACCUCAACACCCCCGAGAGCUGGAUGGUGGAGUCUGUGAGCACGCGCUACGACCUGGAUAACAUCUACCUGGAGGAGGUGGAGGGCGGUGUAGCUGCAGAGUACGAGCUGGAGUACCUGCUCCUGGAGGGGCACUGCUUCGACGUCACGACGGGGCAGCCCCCCCGCGGCCUGCAGUUCACCCUGGGCACCCCCUCCAACCCCGUCAUCGUGGACACCAUCGUCAUGGCCAACCUGGGGUACUUCCAGCUGAAGGCCAACCCCGGGGCCUGGAUCCUCAAACUGCGCAAGGGCAGGUCAGAUGACAUCUACAAGGUUUACAGCCACGAAGGAACGGACUCCCCGAGCGAUGCCGACGACCUGAUCGUGGUGCUGAACAACUUCAAGAGCAAGAUCAUAAAAGUCAAGGUCCAGAAAAGGCCGGACAAAAUGAACGAGGAGCUCUUAAGCGACGGCUCAGCUGAAAACGACUCGGGAUUCUGGGGCUCUCUGACCAGAGGAUUUACUGGGGGAACAAAGACUGAUGAAGCCAAGCAGGAGAAGGAUGAUGUCAUCAACAUUUUCUCGUUGGCUUCUGGACACCUGUACGAGAGGUUCCUCAGGAUAAUGAUGCUUUCUGUACUAAAACACACAAAGACCCCUGUGAAGUUCUGGUUUCUGAAGAACUACCUGUCUCCUACAUUCAAGGAGUUCAUCCCGUACAUGGCCAAGGAGCACGGCUUCCAGUACGAGCUGGUCCAGUACAAGUGGCCGCGCUGGCUGCACCAGCAAACGGAGAAGCAGAGGAUCAUCUGGGGCUACAAGAUCCUUUUCCUGGACGUGCUCUUCCCCCUGGCUGUUGACAAGUUCCUCUUCGUGGACGCGGACCAGAUCGUACGCACUGACCUGAAGGAGCUGCGAGACUUUGACCUGGAGGGGGCGCCUUACGGCUACACCCCCUUCUGCGAGAGCCGCAGGGAGAUGGACGGAUACCGCUUCUGGAAGUCGGGGUACUGGGCCAGCCACCUGGCCGGCCGCAAGUACCAUAUCAGCGCCCUCUACGUUGUCGACCUGAAAAAGUUCCGGAAGAUUGCAGCCGGCGACCGGCUCCGUGGACAGUACCAGGGCCUGAGCCAAGAUCCCAACAGCCUGUCCAACCUGGACCAGGAUCUGCCCAACAACAUGAUCCACCAGGUGCCCAUAAAGUCCCUGCCUCAGGAGUGGCUGUGGUGUGAGACCUGGUGUGACAACGCCUCCUUGAAAAAGGCCAAGACCAUUGAUUUGUGUAACAACCCUCAGACCAAAGAGCCCAAGCUGAAGGCGGCCGUGCGCAUUGUUCCGGAAUGGUCCGACUACGACCGGGAGGUGAAGAGGCUCCAGAGCAAGUUCCUGGAGGAGAAGGAGAAGAGCAGAGUUGCCGGCGGCGACAGCACAACACAUGAAGGGAAAACAGAUUCUGGGAAACACACAGAGCUGUAAGCUGUGGCGCUCUGGGAGAAGAUAACACUGAGCUCUGUUUAAAGAGUUGGUCCCUGCGGUUUUAAAGGCGUCCCUUUUCCCGGAGCUCCGCCCACAAUCCUACUGAAAGACUUGACACGACGCUGAACGCAAAUUCCAAUUUUCUAUGGGAGACGGAACAUUGG